GCCACCCCCUCCGGGGUAUCACCUGCACCACUUCCCGCUGGAAUCACGUCGCAAGUCCGUUGCAAGGCUCUCGGGCAAAGUCCAUCCCUUCCUCGCAACAGCUGAUUACGUCGCUCCUGAAGGCUACAGUGUCAUAGGGCUGCUGUUUAACCAGGUCCGUGACAACAUGCCCCACGAAGAAAUGCCUGACCCUUGGCCAUUCUCGGGUGUAUUUUGGAGCUUUGACACAGGCAUGCCCGGUGGUUCUGACAGCCUUGUGUAUGAGUUUGAUGACCCUGACUUUGGGUUGGUGCCGACGCAAUGGGAGCCGCUAGCACGUGGCAUUGCACAGUCCGUCACUGGAAGCGUGCACGGCAAGCCGUGGGCAUGCGACCCGCAAAGGCCCAUUGUCAUCCUUACCUACGUGCACGUGUAUGCACUGGAGGGUAUGGUACCCCGGGUUCCCAUGCCAGACCAGUCGUGGGUGGCCAACAACACAGUUGUGAGCUGGCGGUCCGAGCUGUGCUUUCAGGGCCUAUCAGAUUCAGAGGAGGAGGAGGAGGAGGAGGAGGAGGAGGAGGAGGAGGAGGAGGAGGAGGAGGAGGAGGAGGAGGAGGAGGAGGAGGAGGAGGAGGAGGAGGAGGAGGAGGAGGAGGAGGAGGAGGAGGAGGAGGAGGUGGAGGAGGAGGAGGCAUAGCAGGAGGAGGAGGAGGAGGAGGUGGAGGUGGAGGUGUAGGAGGAGGAGGCAAGGCUGAAGGGUUGAGACAGGGUAGAUGGAAUGACUUGAGCGUCUGGUAGGGCAGGUGGGGCAAUGAAACGCAGCUGGGGCAACCUGACUCUGCUGGGGCUUUGGGCAGGAUUUGGUCACAGGCUCUCAAAUGGCUGCACAGCCACAGAGCCACAAAUAGGCAGGGCAGGUGGAACGCUUUGAGUCUGGUAAUUGGUGUUUACAGCCUGUCAGCAUUGUAACACCACAUGCAAUACUCUAUCAGACUCCACUGUACAUGGCCAGCUGCCUCAGACACAGCGGUUCAGCGAUCUGUGAAGUGUGUGUACGGCAUGAAGUACAUGAUGCCCCGGCGGUCCCCGUGUGGAGCGGCCACACAGCAUUUCCCCUUCAGCUCUUU